ACGAGCUGCUGGGUACCGACGGGGACUCGGAGCCGCUGGUCGCAGGUCGGAGUUUACGCCACAAGGUCGGACGUUAUCUUCACUUCUCAUCUGCUCCACGUUACAUUGUGUUUAACGUUUGCUCACGACUGGGGUGGAGCAGGGCUGCUCUCUGCUGCGCAGGAUGGAGAUCUGUGUUGCUGAGGCUGAGAAGAGAAGUGGCAGAAACACAGUGAACAUGCAGGAGAUCUUCACCGUGUAUCUGAUUGAGACAAGGUCGAUGGAAGCAGUGUCUGAAGGUCACAACUCAGCCCCCGAUUCUCUGUGGAGGAGGUACAGUGAGUUUGAGCUGCUGCGGAGCUACCUCAUAGUCACCUAUCCACACGUCGUUGUCGCCCCUCUGCCGGAGAAGAGGGCAGAGUUCGUGUGGCACAAGCUGUCAGCAGACAAUAUGGACCCAGACUUUGUGGAGCGCCGCAGGGUCGGGCUGGAGAACUUCCUGGUCCGUGUGGCCUCUCAUUCCGUCCUCUCCAAUGACAAGAUCCUUUACCACUUCCUCACCGAGGAACAUGGCUGGAGAGAAGUGGUGUAUGAGACGGGCUUCCAGGCGAAGGCAGAGUCCAGACUGAGAGCUCUGAGUGCCACCUUCCGCGUGAGGAACACAGAUAAACGCUUCAUGGACAUGAAACACUACAGUGAUGAGCUGCAGUCUCACACAUCUCAGCUGCUCCGGGCAAGAGCAAGGGUUGCUGAUCGACUCUAUGGUGUUUUCAAGGUCCAUGGGAACUACGGAAGAGUCUUCAGUGAGUGGAGCGCCAUAGAGAAAGAGAUGGGAGAUGGACUGCAAAGUGCUGGUCAUCAUAUGGAUGCAUAUGCUGCCUCAAUAGAUGAUAUCUUAGAAGAAGAGGAACAUUAUGCAGACCAGCUAAAAGAAUAUCUGUCCUACGCUGAAGCUCUAAGGGCAGUGUGCAGGAAACACGAGCUGACCCAGUUCGAGCUUGAGAUGGCUUCGCAGGACCUCAUCUCCAAGAAGCAGCAACGUGAAGAGUUAGCUACAGGGAUAGUCCGGACGUUUUCCUUUAAAGGAAUGACCAACAAGCUGUUUGGACAAGAGGCGCCUGAGCAGAGGGAGGCCAGACUGAAGCUGCUGGAGGAGCUGAUCGCAGAGGGUGAAGACACCGUUAAGGAGAAGACGGUCGAGUGCCAAGAGCAUGUUGAAAGGGCAUGGGUGGACAUGCAGCGCUUUGAGGAGCAGAAAGACAAAGAUCUGCGGGAAGCACUCAUCAACUACGCUGUCAUGCAAAUCAGCAUGUGCAAAAAGGGAAUCCAAGUGUGGAGCAACGCCAAAGAAUGUUUCAUCAAGAUGUGAAGCGGAAGCCAAACUCUGAGCUGUUCUUCUCUCUCUGUCUCUGUGAGCUCUGGUUGAGGUUUGAAUACAACCUCACUCGUGUAACAAGAUGUGUGUAAAGAUAAUGUAAUCUCAAGUACUUACAAACAUUAUUUAUAUGCAGCUAACUUUCAAAAGUGAUUCACUUUUCUGGAGUGAAAAGGGAAGUGAUGGAUCACACAUAGCACCGUAGUUCACAGGUUUCUCUCUGAACUCAUAUUGACACUUGACCAGUUUUACAUGUUCAAAUCAACUAACAAGUUGUGGUUUAAGUACAUUUGAGUAAACCAGGAGUUUGAUAGAUGUGAGCCUUCACUAGGCAGGGACGUCAGCAUCCUGGUGUUGUCACGCUCUGUAACCUGCUGUUUUGUGCAUUUACGCAUGAACUAAGGAUACUGUAUAACCACACUUUGAGUUCACAUCAUUGCUAAGUUUACAGCUGCUGUCCACGCCACUCCCAAUGUUAGUAUGAAAACUCUUGGCCUGCAUUGUAAAAUAUAACACAGUCGUGUGCGUUCAGCCCCUGAUUAGUUCUUAUGAGUCACGACUCAACUACCAGCUGUAAAUGCAAAGCGUUGAAAACGCUCAAACGCGCUGGAGGCUUCAACAGAAAUGCUGCUCAUUCACUUUGAAUGGGUUGGCGUCACGUAUUGACCAACUGCAUCGUGGUUCUGUUGCUUCGUUUGCGGUGCAUGUGUUGGAAGUUGAGCAGAGCUUGACACAAGCCAAUCAGAUUGUGUUGAGGCAGAGGCAGCUGGUGAACCUGGUACAGUAUGAGUUCGUCUGGAGUUCCUGUGUACUUUUCUCUAUCAUUGCGUAAACAGAUGGCAUGGCCCGUUAGCACGUACGCUGGUUAUGUUCUGUGUCCUGCAUAGGAAACUGGAGAUGGCAGUUAUGAUUAUGACGAUCGUGCCAGCAUCAACAUGUAUUAGUAUGGAUGUAGCCUGACGGCAACAGUAGGUCAUAUUUUCAACUACAGGUGUUGAAGUGACCUGAGCUGCAUAAACAGAACUAUAAAGAACAUCCUAGUGCUAAAUCACAUCUGAUCAUGUUUAAGGUGUCAGCAAAGGACUGGCUACUGUAGUGAAAACUAAUUCAGUUGUGAUUUUAAAUUAGUGGUAUCACUUUUCCUCCACUUCCCUCAGCUGUGAGGUCGGUGGUUACAUCUCUGUAUCAAAGUGAGAGGCUACAUGUUGAAUACGUGCUGAUGUAUGUUUGAGGAUUUUUAACUAUGAUGAGUUUAAAUGAAUUCAACCUUAUUUUAUUGACUGUGUCAUUUGGUUCUGUAUGUCCUGAAUGUGUUAUUUUUUGCUUGCUAGCAAUAAGCUUUGUUUUUAACUUCACUGCUCAAUUGUCAAACUGCUGUUUUUUCUAUUUAUUUGAAUAAAAUUGUGUCAAAUCA